CCUCCUAACACAAAAGACAAAGAACAUCAUAAAUACAGAAGAUUUGAAAAAAAAAAAAAAAAAAAAAAAGGGACGAAGAUUUGAGAGAGAGAAAGGACCAGGAGAGAACCAGAGAACCACCCCAAGUCUCCUAACACUCACAUUUAUGGUUUACGUUUUGGAGGAGGAAGGCGGAGGCUUACGCUGUGGGAUCAGAUGUCGGCGGUGGACGGCGGCGUACGGGAGGUGCUGACCGGUUUGACUCUGAACGAUGUAUUGGGCACGACGGAGAAGCAAGCCGCGCUGGCUCCCCCAGCUCCCCUAGCUCGAUCUCAAAGCGCGCCGGGGCUUCAGCCUCAGCUCAGUAACCUGACCCUCAUGGACGUGAUCCGAGAGCAGGACCUAAACGCUAGGUCGUCUUACGAGGACCUCCUUGGCGGCCAACAGAACAGAGACAAUAAGUAUUGGAAAAACUUCAAACACAAGCUCUCUCUGAAGCGUGCCGGGGCCAACUGGACCUCUUCUAUUCGUAUCCCGGCCUCGGAUAUUCCUAUCCGCAAUGCUAACGCGAUUGGCAAUAGUCGGUCGUCACGGCAGAUUUCGUUUUCUAGAAACAACUCGGUCCGUUACCUGCACUCGGCCGAGUCGACUCAGUCGGAUGACAGUUUUACUUAUUCCGCUGUGGACCGAGACCACUCCUCCUCAUCGUCGGCUCUGGGUAUCAGGCCGCAGAUCUCUCGCCUGUGCUCUACCCGCUUAUCCCAGUCGGAGUCAACUCAUCCCGGCGACCCAGACUCUUCCGACGCACCUCCUCUUUCGCAGCUUCAGGGUUUCGGACGUCAAAUGUCGCGCCAUAAUUCGACGCGCUACCUUGUGAAUCUGCGCCAGAACUCAAUGUACAACAGCGACGUCACCGAUUUUGCAGCCACAGUAGACGGAGACGAAGAAGGCAAUGAUGAAACUGACGAAACCUCACAGCAGGCUCCAACGCGCCGCCUUGCAGUGGUAUUGGCAGAGGAGAGAGCUCUGUCAGCCAGAGAAGCGGUGGCAGCGCAGGAAGCCGCGGAGGCCGCGGCAGCAGCCGAGAGAGAACAGCCGGAGGCUGAAUCGUCGGAUUCACCGGUGGCGGAGCCCCCGGUGAGGAUGUCACUGAUGGACUUGAUGGACUAUAACAUAGCGGAAGAGGAAGAAGAGGAGCUGGAGGAGGAAGAAGGGGAGGAGGUGGUGGAGGAAGAGGAGGAGGAGUCGGGGGAAGGAGGAGGAGGAGUAGAGCAUAAAUGCUGCGUGUGCAUGGUAAGGCAUAAAGGUGCGGCUUUUAUACCUUGCGGACACACAUUUUGCAGGCUGUGUUCAAGGGAGCUUAUGGUGGGUAGGGGUAACUGCCCUCUCUGCAACCGCUUCAUCACGGAAAUUCUUGACAUUUUCUAGUCUUUUCUUUUUCUUUUUUUAAUAAUUAUAAUCCACAAUUUGAGAAAUAUUUUUUGGUCGGAUCAGAAAUGAGUCGUCACGUUUUGAUUGGUCGGCAAGUGAAGUGGAAAUUGUGAGGUUCUUGGUUGGUUAUUUGUGGUUUGAAUUUGGUAGUGGCCACUGGGUUCCUCCAGUUUCGAUGUUUGUUAUUAUUAUCUUUAGUUAAUUAAAGAUUGUAUAUUAUUAUUGUUCUUUCA